AUUUUGAAAUCUCCUCAGAAGUUUGGUGGAAACCACAUUUAGAGGAGAAAAUGGAAAAAGACGACAAGAAUUUAUGGAUCGGAUAUAUGAACCAUCAUUGUGAAAAGUACUUACUUGAGUGUAUUUCAACCGAAACUGAUAUUAAAUACGAUGAACUACAAAAAUUAUCAGAAAAAUUGUCUUUGGAUGAAUUUACACAAGAUUUAGUAAAACGUUUACAUAAAGAUAUUGGGAAGGAAAUAAUUGAAAAUGCUGGAGAAUAUAGAACGAUUUACGUGAAACCAUAUCAAGAAGAUUUUAUGUAUAUGGAUCCGACUUUGAUAGAGGAUAAGCUUGAAGAAUUGCUCAGUCAAUGUAGAGAAAAAUUCAAGGACGAGUUGAGUUUGGAGGAUGCAGUUAAAUAUGGAGCUUGUUUUCUUUCUCAAUUUUUAUUUAUUCAUCCAUUCAGUAACGGUAAUGGUCGUGUCGCAAGACUGUUGUUGAGUUAUCUUUUGUCAAGAUACAUUAUAGUACCGCUUUCACUGUAUACCGGACAAAAAACUAGAGAAAUAUACUUACAAUGUUUGAAGGAUGCACAAUGGAGUUAUGAAUUACGUAGCCCUAGUACUUUAGCGAAAUUUAUUCUUGAAUGUAUUUACAAAACUUUAUACGAUAUUUGUGUUACUAUGGAUAUUGAUAUAUCCACAAAA